AUGUAUAUGAGCUUCGGAGUCGACGGAGAUAACGGCCUUUUACCCAAACGGGACAACGACUCCACCUGGGCAAGACCCGGCGCUGAGUCAUCGCGGGUUGAAACUCCAGUCAACCAGUCACAUGCUCGCAUGCCCGGCCCCAAGCGAUCCAUGGAUAAUUUGGUGCAUAUGCGAUCGAUUACUAUUCUCGUAUUUUCGUCAGAUAUUUCUUGA